AUGUCAUUGAUUCGCGUCGUCAUUCAUUUUCUGCCACCAAUAGAUAAAACUUUCACCUUUACAGAACCUAAUAACCUUGAACUCGGUCGCUUUUCCGGGAUUAUUCAAGACCCUGCUAUAAGCAAGAAACAAGUCCGUUUCGAAAUAAAAGAUGAUCGAGUUUAUGCUCUAGCCAAUAAAUAUCCAUUUAAAGUAUCAAUUACAAAGAUGAACAACCCUGCAUCAAAUUUUCAAAGUUCAUUACAGAGUAGUUUUACGCAACAAAAUUCUAGUAUAGGAAAUGUUAGUUUUUCGCCUUCACUUCUUCAUAACGAUGAAAAUGACGAAAUGGAAACUCCUUCUCAGCUUUUACGAGAGAUGAUUGCUUCGCAAGGUGAUCUUGAUGUGAUACCAGAUGAUGAUCAUGAUAAUACACCUUACAAUGAUGAUAGAGAUUCUAGUGAUAAUGGUGCCGAAAUUCUAGAUAGUGAUGAUAGCUCUAAAAGUAAUGAAUCAGAUGACAAGAUGAUCUCUUCUGAAUCUUCGUAUCUCGGAAGUUCAUGUGAAUCCUCUGAAUCUGAUAUAAGCGAUUAA